CGACAUUACCCUUAUUCGAUUUCCAGCCGCCUUUACUUGCGAUUGCGGGAGCGUUCUUCUGCCACUCUCUUACUAGGUCUAAUUUGUACUCUGGGAAUAUUUGAAGAUUUCGUCUUUUUAAUUUGGGCAAAGAUAUAAAGAACAGAUUCAAGCAUAUAGCUUUCAUGCGAAGGAGAUGGUGCUGAAGAAGCAUAGAGUUUCUGGAGACUAUUCAGCUGUUUGUAGAUCCAAAGUUUCUGGUAUUUCUGGAAGAAUUGACACUGAUAUUACUGUUUCUGAGGGUUCUAUGGCUUCUCGGAAAAAAUGGAAAAAUUUGAAUUCUUCCACCCAGCAUGGUUUUUCUGUGCCCACAAAUGUUAUUCGAUUAUCGAAACUAUCUUUGUCUGAGAGAAAGAACUUAGUACUGCAGUUGAAAUCCGAACUUGGCGAUGUCCGAAUUCUCCUCAAGAAACUUGAGUUGCUAGAGACAAAAUCUGUUGCAGCCCCACCUUCUAAUGAAAUUGUUAACACACACAAAGGGCCACAUGGUCAGAACUUCAAACAUUCUUCACAAUUUGGGGAAAAAUCAAGCUCUCUUGGCCAGAAGCCACGGUGGUGGAAUCGGGGUACAUCAGGAAGGUUUGAGUCUCUGAAAAGUGAUCUAGAGCAGUCAAAUACGAACUCGACGAUACUCAAGAAAUGCGAGGGCUUGUUGAGAAAGUUGAUGACACAAAAGGGCUGUGAGUGGUUUAACCAACCUGUUGAUGUAGUGAAGUUAAAUAUCCCUGAUUAUUUUACUAUUAUCAAACAACCUAUGGAUUUUGGGACAGUAAAGAAGAAGCUUACUUCAGGUCAUUACUUGAGUCCACUGGAUUUUGUUGCUGAUGUGAGAUUGACUUUCUCCAAUGCUAUGACAUACAAUCCACCUGGGAAUAUGGUCCAUGCUUUGGCUGAUAGCCUGAGUAAAUUUUUCGAAGUGAGAUGGAAACCUAUUCAGAAAAUGGUUCAUAUGAAUUUAGCUAAACCGGCAGAAGAAAAUCCAGUCCUGCAUGAAGAAUUUGAAAUGACUAAGACUGUAUCUUCUUCAAAAAAGAGGAAACUUUCUCCUGUACAUCAUACUGCCCCUCUUUCUCCUGUACAUCAUACUGCCCAUCUUUCUCCUGUACAUCAUACUGCAUCGCCAGAACCUCUAAAGAAGAGCAUGACGGAUGAGGAGAAACAGAAAUUAAACACAGACUUGGAAGAAUUUCAGGGAGAUCUUCCUGAUAACAUAAUUGAGUUUCUGAAGGGACAGUCUUCAAAUGGAGCAGAGGUUAUGGAAGAUGAGAUUGAGAUUGAUUUUGAUGUUCUCGGUGAUGAUACAUUGUUCAAAUUGAGAAAGCUUCUAGAUGACUUUUUGCAAAACAAACAAAGCGAAUAUCCAAAAGCGGAACAUUGUGAGAUAGAGGCAUCUUUGUUUCAGCUGCAAAAUGAUUCUGGAUUUAGCAAUUCAUCAAUGCAAGCAGACAAAGGUAAUGAACCUGAAGAAGAGGAGAUUGAUAUUGGUGGAGAUGAGUCUCCAAUCUCAAGUUAUCCUCCAGUUAAGAUUGAACGGAAUGUUGGUGAGGAAACUAAUGAUUGUGUUAAUGCUGAGGACCCAACUAGCAAUUCAGAAUCUCCUUGUGGGUUGGACCGCCUCCAUGAACAAGGUUCACAGCAGAAGGCAAACUCGAGUGAUUCAGAGGGCCAAGAGGAUGGGGAGAGCACCCAGGAUGGGAGGCAUGUCUCCCCCAAAAGGCUCUAUAAGGCUGCUCUACUGAACAGAUUUGCUGAUACAAUUUUGAAAGCUCGUGAGAAGACGCUUGUGCAGGAUGAAAAGGGAGAUCCUGAAAAACUGAAGCGUGAAAGGGAGGAACUUGAGAUGCAAAAGAAAAAGGAGAAAGCUCGGUUGCAAGCAGAAGCUAAAGCUGCAGAAGAAGUUCUAAAACGAGCAGAAGAGGAGGCUGCAGCCGAGGCCAAGAGAAAAAGAGAACUCGAGAGAGAAGCUGCAAGGCAAGCACUGCUCAAGAUGGAAAAGACGGUGGAGAUAAAUGAGAAUUCCCGGUUCCUCGAAGACCUGGAGAUGUUGAGUGGAGUCGGCCAUCCAGAGCACUUGCUUAGCUCUGCAGAUGAGACCAGCCCGGAACACUUGCAAGAUGGCUUAGGAAGUUUUAAGUUUGGAGGCGGCAAUAAUCCGCUGGAACAGCUAGGGCUGUACAUGAAAGUGGAUGACGAGGACGAAUGCGAGGCACUGCCACCACCUAAGCUCCCAAACGACCAAGAUUCUCUAGAGGAAGGUGAAACUGAAUAGGAUGUUUUCCGUUGUUCCCAUGUAUUAUACAAAGUAUCAACUUGGAAACGAUCAGAGUAAUGUAAAUUGUGAAAGGAUGCGAUAACCAAACUGGGGAAACCUACUCAGAGAGUGACGAAAUUGUAUUGGAUUGGAAGCUGUGGAAAUUGAGGUUUCCAAUCUUUCACCAAAAUGAUGUUUUGAAGUUACAAUACAAUUUAAAUAUAAAAUAUAGGUGGCAACUUGCGUCA